UCCGGAGCCCUGAGUCCUGAUACCGCAGUUGCGUGAAUAUAUAUCCAUUUUCCCGAUUCGAUGAAAAUUUCUCCCGUUCUCUGAAACAACCAACCAGGAGGAUCUCAGGGUUUCGGAACCUAGGGUUUGGUCGUGAUGGCGUCGAAGCGGAUCUUAAAAGAGCUCAAGGAUCUUCAGAAGGAUCCUCCCACGUCUUGCAGCGCAGGCCCAGUUGCUGAAGACAUGUUUCAUUGGCAAGCAACUAUAAUGGGUCCUCCUGACAGUCCAUAUGCUGGUGGAGUGUUUCUAGUCACCAUUCAUUUUCCACCAGAUUAUCCAUUUAAACCACCAAAGGUUGCUUUCAGGACUAAAGUGUUUCACCCUAAUAUCAAUAGUAAUGGUAGUAUUUGCCUUGAUAUUUUGAAGGAGCAGUGGAGCCCAGCCCUUACAAUUUCCAAGGUGUUGCUCUCGAUCUGUUCUCUUCUAACGGAUCCAAAUCCUGAUGAUCCUCUGGUGCCCGAGAUUGCUCACAUGUACAAGACAGACAGGAGCAAGUACGAGACAACUGCAAGGAGCUGGACCCAGAAGUAUGCAAUGGGUUAGUACGCUACCGUGUGUGUGAGAGGAGGGCUCCUUUCCCUUGCGACUUUGGUCUUUUUUAAGUUAAUUAUGUAUGGAAAAAUGAAGAAAGUGUGAUCUAUCUCAGUAUUCUAUUAGAUGGGGACCAAAAGGGAAUGGCUUGAAACACUCUGCCCUCCUUGAGACACAGUUGCUGCUUUCAUUGUUUGUAUGGGAAUUUGCCUUUGGAACUUUCAGACUCUAUCAAAUAUCCAAAAGCUCCUUCAACCUCA